AUGAAUCAGGAAUUACUAGAAAUUCAUGAAAUCAAAAAAUUGUUAGAGCUGGAUUUUGAGGAUGUUCAGAUAUUCAAUGAGGUUCAGGAAGAAGAUGUAUCUAUGAUAGAAGAUUUGGUUGGUAUGAGUGAGCAUUUUGAGAAUAGUGAUAUGGGGGAGAUGAAUAAUAUAAUUCAUGAUUUGGAGGAGAUAAUGAAGGAUGAAUUAGUGGAUUCUAAUUUUGUUAGUGAUGAUGCAGAGAUUAUGGCAGACAUACUGGAUGAAGCAGGUAAGAUUGAUAUGGAACUACCUAGUAGUAACUUGGCUAUUCAAAAUAAGGUGGAAAAUAAUAUUAAACAAGUAAAUAAUUCUAUUCAGAGUUUAGGAAUAGAUGAAAAAUUGGUAAAUUACUACUUAGAGAAGGGCUUGAAAAGCCUUUACGACUGGCAGUAUGAGUGUAUUACUCAGCCUGGAGUAUUACAGGGAAGAAAUUUAGUAUAUUCCGCUCCAACAAGCGGAGGAAAAACUUUAGUGAGUGAAUUGUUAAUGUAUAAAAGAGUAUUGGAAGGCAGAAGAGCCGCUUUAGUGGUUUUCCCAUUUGUCUCUCUAGUUUCAGAGAAAAAGGACUCCUACUAUAGGGCCGGAGGAGAGGUAUGUGGACUCAGAAUAAGCGAAUUUCACUAUGGGAGUAAGAGCCCACUCUUUGAAGAGUUUGACAUUGGUGUUGCAACUAUAGAAAAGGCCAAUGCUUUAAUUAGCUAUUAUAUUCAACAUGGUAUUCUGUUUAAGAGGUUGGGAAUUAUUGUUGUAGAUGAAUUGCAUCUACUUGGGGAUGAACAGAGGGGUUAUAUACUAGAGGUAAUGCUUACAAAAGUGAGACUUUUGAGCAAGUUACAGGGGGAGGGAAGAUCAAUUCAAAUUGUAGGAAUGAGUGCAACAUUACCUAAUCUAAAGGAUAUUGGUCUUUGGCUAGAUGCAGUUGUUUACCAAAGCGAUUUUCGUCCAGUUCCACUCAGGGAAUACAUAGUAAUCAAGGGGAAAGCAUAUAUUAAACCUGCAAAAGACCAGAAUAAAAAUACAUUUGGGUCUUCUUUAGAAGAUACAUUAAACAGAGUCAAGAGUUGGGAUUUCCAUCAAAUCAAUUCUAAAUUUGAUCCAAAUGAUUUCAAUGUUGAGCAGAUUAAUUCUAACAAGUGGAAAUACCCAAUAGUGGGUAUGAAUGAAUUGUUGACUAUAGGAUGGGAGGCUUUGAAAAAAGGAGAAAGUGUUUUAGUAUUUUGCCCUUCCAAGUAUUCUGUUGAAUCUACGGCUUUGUUUUUUGCGAAAUGUAUUAGAAGACAGUUUUGUGAAGGAAUAGAUCUAGAAGGCCAUUCUGAUAGGCAACAAAUUAUACAAAGUUUAAGAUCAGUAGAAAGGCAAAGGUUUUUGUUGGCUGAAGAGAUCAGGCAAAAUUCCUCUAUUUCAAAAAAAUCAAAUCAAAAUAACUUUCUGGUUGAGUGUAUAAUCAAAGGAAUAGGAUUCCACCAUUCUGGUUUAUCUCAUAUAGAAAGAAGAAUAGUUGAGAGAGGAUACAGGAAUGGUACUUUAUCUUUAUUAACAGCAACCUCAACUUUGGCAGCUGGAGUUAAUCUUCCUUCAAAAAGAGUCAUAUUUAGAGGCAUCAACAUUGGAAGAUCUUUUUUGACAUGCGUUGACUACAAACAAAUGUCUGGGAGAGCUGGAAGAGCCGGCCAAAAAGGAGCUUUUGGGGAAAGCUUUAUUCUGGUGAAUGAAACUCCAACAGAAUUGGGGAAGGAAGUUAAUGAGGAAGUUGAAAAUGCAUUAGGGCUUAUUACUGCCGACAUGAAACCUUUAAUGAGUUCUUUUUUUACCAAUUCUAAUGGUAUUACUAGAUUAAUCUUAGAGAUUCUUGCAAUUCUAUUUGAUCUUGAUCUGAGUAUAUCCGGAAAUAGAGACAAGAAUGUGGAUAAGGGAUCAUAUACUGGCUCGAUACUGGAUUUACUGACAGAAUCCACUUUAAUGUCUCACCAAAUUAAACUUUACAAUGACUUAUCUCAAGAAUACCUUAGAAGCAUUGAUUCAUUAGAAAGGGCUUUAAAUUAUUUAGUUGAAAAUAAAAUGAUAGUAAAUCGGGAGAAAAAGACAAACCAGAUAUCAAUAGGAGGUUAUACUUUGAAUUGCUGUUGUACUUCUCUAGGAAAGGCCAUAGUUUCUUCAGGCUUAUCUCCUUCCACUGGACUAGAGCUUUAUGAUGAACUUAAAAAAAAUAUGGAAUCCACUUUUUUAGGAGAUUUAACUUUUAUGUCAUAUUUAGUUACUCCUUUUCCUCCAAGUGAAACCUCAAACGGAUCCAAACUCACAACUAAUAACGCUCAACCAUUUUUUAGAUUGGAUUGGAAAGUACUCUAUGAUAAUAUUAAAGAAAUGUCUAUUUUAGAACGCCACUCGUUGAUUAGACUUGGUUUUGACCUGGAACAGAUUUCUUGGGCCUCUCAACUAGGAGAGGAAAAUCUUCCACCUAAGCUUAAAGAGCCAGGGUUUUUGAGAAGGCACCAAAGAUUGUUUGCUUCGCAGAUUCUUAAGUCGGUUUUAUGUGGAUUACCAGUGGAACUUAUUCUUUCAAAAUUUAAGUAUAUUUCCGUUAGAGAUCUUCAACAGCUUCAUACUGGAGUUUUGUCAAUGUGUAUUUCAUGUAUAUCUUUUUGUCAGAAUAUGAAUUGGUCUAAUAUGCUGAUUAUUUUUCAAAAUUAUCUUAGACAGAUUCAGACUAUCACGCUUUUAGAAGAGUAUUCUGGGAUUUUGACAAGAGAUCAAAAUUUGGAGAAAGCAGCUAAAAAACUGAUUUCUGGAGUUAAGGGUCUGUCAAUCUUAUCAGCUUUAGAACUUAGAUCAACACUUUCUGUGAAAACUCCAAAUCAAUUUCUAAUGAUCCCCAGAAAGAUUCUCUCACAAAGCAUCAACAGUAGAAUAUAUUCAGGAGGAAUCAAAACUUUUCAGUUUGUAAGUGAUUUUGUAAACAAUGUUUUCAAUAACAUGCAGAGUUCUAAAAAAGUUCCAUUUUAUAAUAGAUCUUUGGGGGUUUCUAAUAUUUCUCCAGGUUUGAUCUUUUCAGUGGCUCCCAUUGGCCAGGAUUUUGAAAAUAAUGAAAACAAUAACUUUUCGAAUCUUGGUGAAAAAUACUUAAGUGAGAUUGAAACUAAUUGCAUUUUAGAGGCUUUAUCAGAAUAUGAUUCAUUUAACCAACAAACUAAGUUUGAAGGUGACAACCACAUAUCUUACAUAAACAAGGAGUUACCCAUAUUAACAGAAUGCAACCUAAAUAGCUUUGAUUUGGAGAAUGAUGAUAAGAUUCUAGAUAUGUUACAAGAUGACUUGCAAGACAACAUUGACUGGGAAGAGAGACUUUUACUAUGGUCAACACCACUGCAACAAUCCCAAGAGUGGGAAUCAUAA